AAUAGUCGUUAUUGUUUCACCGAAUACAUGAACCUAUAUCUUUUUGAUGCCCCAUUUUGACCGAUGUCCACGGGAGUUUCGAAAAACUCGAGGAUUAAGUUGAUCAGCAAUUCCAUUUCAGGUCACUUUAUUUAAAUCAUUUAUCAACAUUUUUUUAUGAUAAUUAGUGUGUUAUAGUUGUCUUUCAUCCCUAAAUUUUCUUUAAAUGAAAAAUGUUACAACUCAACUCAACUCAAAUGUUUAUUCAUCUUUUUAGUUCGAAUUGUCUUAUCGGUUUUCGACUUUACGAUUUCUAAGAAACAGAUAAUCUACUUUCAAGCUGGUUUGAUAAGCGAAACUGAUUAGUUACAAUGAAUUAUCGUUGAACAGAGCAAAGCACCCUACUUCGAACUGAUAGCGUUGAAAGUAUAUAGCUUGCACUCAAUGUACAAAUUUAAACAGUGAGUUGCGUGUACAGGUGUCCCCCGAGUUAGGACUGUAUUUGGUACUGAAAAAAUGUCUCAAAGCAAGGCGUAAGUCGAAAUAGUCGUAUGUCGAAUAUCUGUGAAUAUAAAGUUUAUAACCAAAAUUGAAGAGUCGGAAUCUGUGAAAACGUGUAUUUUAUUUGAAAUAAGAUACGAUAAUGUGUAAACGACUUUUGGGUAAAAAUUAAUACGAUAUAGAUAUUUAAGGCCAGGGAGUUGUGGAAUCUGUGGAAAUGUGUUUGUAACGGUUAUCAGCACAGAAAUUCAAAAAAUAUAUCCAUUUCAUUUCAAGGAAAACUUUAAACUGACAAAAUCAAAAUCGUCGUAUCUGCGAAUCGUCGUAAUUCGAGGGGGUCGUAACUCGAGGGACGCCUGUACUUGUCAUAACAUACCUUCAAAAGAGUAACAAUUCUAACAAAACAAAUCUAUUUAAUAAGUGAAAAGUUUCGAACCUAGCAAUUAUGUGAUGUAGUAAACAUGUAGUAUGUGAAAUAUGUAAAAUUUACCAUUGCGGCAAAAACUACUCCCACUUCUCAUCUGUGUUAAAUGAAUAAGCUGACAAAAUGGCGAGACAAAUAGGGUUCGUCCUAUUGCUGAUUUCAUCAAACUGGAUUCAUUGCCACUGUCUUGCUGCAGCAGAUUUCAAUGCACCUGUAAAUCAUAAACCAAGCUUUCACAAUUGUGGAGAAUACAAGCCGACAUUGAAAGAAGAACAAGAACCUGGGACAUCUGUACUCCGCGUGGCCGCUACUGAUCCAGACCAAUCUCAAACGAUAAAGUACAGCAUUUUAAAUGAAAUGAGAGAAGAACGGGUUUUCGCCAUCGAUGAAGAUACGGGUGAGAUCUUUUCGGCAUACAUCUUCGAUCGAGAUCCUCCGUAUCGGGAUACCGAGUUUUACAUCACAGUACGAGCGACCGAUAACGGUCAGCCCAGUCUGGAUGAUGUGUGCACGAUCAAAGUGACGAUUCUAGAUAUCAAUGACAACCCGCCAGUGUUUGAUAAAGACUUUUAUGAAGCGUUUGUCUCCAUGAAUACGACACUUCGCCAGCAAGUGACCAUCAUCACUGCAAAGGAUAUCGACGAGCAAACAAAUAACGUUGUUAAUUUCGAAAUUGUAGAGGAAUAUAAAGAUAGCAGUUAUUUCGAGAUUGACCAACAUACUGGCGUACUCACACUGGCUAAGCGCAUCGAUCGCAACCCAGGAGAGUAUUAUGCGCUUCGUGUUCGCGCUUACAACCAAGGAUAUAUAGAAAACGAAUCAGAAAACCCAGAAGUUGAUGUGAAAGUACACAUAAUUGACGAUGACAAACGCUUACCAUAUUUCACCAAAGUGCCAGAAGUUCCUGUCAUAUUACACGAAAAUUUCACUGCAUUUGAUCAGAUAUUGGCAGUGUUUGAAGCGAAUUCAAAUACAAACAACGAUAGCAACGUUAUUUUUGAGAUAGUUAGAGGUAAAUUUGAACAAACUAAUUCCUUACACACAUUUUUGUUGGAGCAGAUUAAUCAUACAGCCCACAUUAAGCUGGCAAGAGCUCUCGAUUAUGAAAGGAUCACCGAAUACACCAUCACGGUGAGAGCUACGAACAGGCACGAUCUAGCGACGGAGGCUGUGGUAAAGAUCAUGAUCCUGGACGUAAAUGAUAAUGUUCCGCUGAUCGUUGAAGCUGUAUCAUAUCUGGAGCAUGAACUCAUCGACAAUACACCGGUAAUCCAAAUACACGCGUACGAUUUGGAUGGUACGUCGGCUAACAAUAUAAUUUCGUAUAGCAUCGCAGAAAGUAAUCAGCUGCAUUUUACAAUUGAUUCCCACACCGGAACAGUAACGAAACAAAAUAGGCUCAAUGAUGACGAAAAGGACAUUUAUUUUAUUAAAAUAUUGGCCAAAGACAACGCGCCAUCCGCCUUAUUUCGAAAUAAUAAACCAAACAUGAGCUCUCACACGUUAAUAGUUAAAAUAAUCAACAGAGAUCUUAACAUUAUUCCCCAGAAUGCAAUCACUAAUAUUCACGGACAAGAACAGCGGACCAGUAAUGGCAUAUCUUUUCAAAAUGCUUUAAGGAUUUCAAAAAGUUAUGAGGAGAGGGAUGUUUUCAACGAUAGGUUCAUUAUGGUUCACAAUUAUGAAGGCACGCUUACAGAUAAACUGAUAGGAAGUGUGUAUUUCGAUUAUGAUAUUGAAGAUAAUUCAAAUAAAUUGUUCCUUUGGGAUGAGAGGGCCAGUACAGGAACCAGGAAACACUUCAAGCUCAAUUCCAAGAGCGGUAUGAUUAUGAUGCUAAAAGGCACACCCGAAGGAAUAUACAAUCUAGAAUUUACAGUGAUUGAAGAAUCAUCCGAUUUUUCACGACACAAAGUAUCUGCUCGUGUAACGGUGACAGUGAAGAACAUCUCGACAAAAACAGUCAACCAGAGUGGAUCGAUUCGCUUCUACAAUGUAACGGCUGAGAAAUUCAUAUCUCAGACACUGAGUGAGCUCAACACACCCAUGUAUCGACUUCAGGAAAGCAUUGCAAGCAUUCUGGAUACCAACCCAGAUAAGGUGGACAUAUUCACGAUCAACAAUCGUAAGCUUACCCGGGGUGCAUUCUUGGACGUGUUCUUUGCAGUAGAUGAUACUAUUUACACAUCGUCAGAGGUCUUAAAUGCAGUGUUAAGUUUGCAUCUACGCAAAUUGGAGGAAGACGUCGGGUAUCGGAUUGUGUCGGUUGGCAUAGAUGAAUGCAUUGCAAAGGGUCAUAUGUGUAAGCAGGCAUGUAAGAAUAGGGUCCAUAGAUCACAAAAGCCAAUCGUAGUACACACCAACACUAGCUCGUUUGUGGGAAUGACCACAUUGGUGCAAGCACAAUGCAUCCCACAGAUAGAAUCUUCGUUGGUAGCAUGCUUGAAUGGUGGCACUUUCCAGAAUGGUAAAUGUAAUUGUCCCAUGGGGUUCGAAGGUCCCCAAUGUGAGAAAUUGGACAUCUGUUUUGAUGGAAGUGGGUAUGCCAUCUAUCCAUUGAUCAACAGUGGCAACGUUAACAACAUCAGCAUUGGGUUAUUGCCCCGACAAAAAGACGGGUUGGUAUUCUACAUGGGUCCUCUGAAGUAUGAUCCAUCUUUGAAGACGCCACCUUUUCUGGCAUUGGAAAUCAACGAUGGUAUGUUGGUCUUACUAUUGGACUAUGGAACUGGAAUGAUUCGGUUCGAGCAUCAACAACUGAUUUUACAUACAGUUACAACAGUAGAUAUUGUGUUAGAGCCUCAUCGGUUUGAGAUACAUACUGCAAGCAACAAAUUGAAGGGUAGCAGUAGGAGUCGCUAUGAAAAUAAGGAUUUAAGAGGGUUUCUUCCAGGCAACAUGCCUAUUUUGUUGGGUGGUACAAUCAAUCACUUUGCCAAAGGCUUGUUAUACAAUUGGCCAUUACACCUCGUGGGUAUACCACAAACGAUAGAUUAUGAUGGGUGCAUGCGAAAGCUCACGAUCAAUGGACAUAUGAUAGAUUUCAUGCUGCCGAUUGUGGAAAAUAACGUUUUUUUCAGUAGUCAGUGGUCCAAUUCGGUUCAUAAAUCUUUUUAUUUGAUGAUAUUUGAACUUGGUAUAGUAUUCUUUUUAAUGUUAGCUAUAUUUUAUUCGGUGAAGUAUGUUCAAACUAAGUUAAAACUAUGUAAUCAGUAUUCAAUGAAUGAACUGGAAACACAAAACAUGAAAUCGUUUAUUUCCAAUUAAGACAAAUGCAUCUUAAUAACUAAUUAUUUAGUUAUUUUAUGCACUGGAGGAUAAAAAGACUAGAUGAAUUGGUCAAAAACAAAAUUGAAAACUUAUUGUGCUGCAAAAACAAUAUUAGACAGCUGGUGAAAAAUAUAUCGCGUGUGGUGAACACAUAUUGGACUUCAUGCGAUCACCUUACAUGAUGUGCCGAGUCAAGAUGUUCCAAUGUAAACAGCGUUAUUCACCUUGUGUUUUUGCGUUACAUGUAAUUCUUCAGCUUUUCAGUUUUUUAUACCGCUUAUCAGAAUACACAUAUAGACUGCGAUACUCUUUGGUUAUGCUGGUGCAAAAAAAUCAGGCCGAUAAAUAAUAAUAAAUGGGGGGGAGGCGUCCUGUGGUACAGUCGUCAACUCGAACGACUCAAUAUCAUGCCCGUCAUGGGUUCAAGCCUAGAAAGGACCGUCCCCCCCGUAUCAAGGAUAGACUAUCCGGCUGCGUGGUAAUGAAUUAAGCCUCGAAAGCCUGUAUAGGCCGGCAUGUCCGCGUAGGACGUUACGCCAAAUAGAAGAAGAAGAAGAAGAAAAAAUAAUGAAAUAGCGAUAAAUCAUAUUAUCAAUGCAGCUAAUAGUUUAAGCUAACAUUAAUGAAUAAUAACUGAAAUCGUGUAUUUUUUCUACGAGGUAAUUUUGCAAAGGAUAGGUGGCUGUAAAACUUCUAGCGGCCCUAAUGAAUCUCAUACCUACAUUUAUUUUAUAUUUAUACAUAUACAGUAACGGUUAUCUAAAGUCGGUCACCUCAUAUCUGUUUUUUACAUUAGAGUAAUUUUGAAAAGGGUAUUAUUGUUUUUCAUAACUUUAAAGUAAUGAAAUUGUUACGUUUGCGAUUAUUAAUUCCGUAACGAACGUGUCAUGAAUUUCAUGACUAUAAAUUCGCGAGGUGCGCGAUCACCUUAAACUAGAAACCGGGUACGCUGCGUGUAAAAGCGUAAUAAAUAUGCGUCACAAACACUAACACAUGGCACUCACGCGUACGUACACUUAUGUACUAAUUAUCCUAAACUAACUAAAGGAUAAACUAACACCCUAAAAUGUAUGGGCUUCCGGGGGUAUAAAAGGGACCGAACAUGGAAUAAAGAAAGCAUUCGGAUUUUGCAACUCUAAGAAA